GUUUUAAAUUGAAGAGAAAAUGUCACUUUACGAUGACUUGGGAGUGGAGACCAGCGACUCUAAAACAGAAGGCUGGUCCAAAAAUUUCAAACUACUGCAGUCUCAGUUGCAGGUGAAGAAAGCAGCUCUCACACAAGCAAAGAGUCAGAGAACAAAACAAACAACAGUCCUUGCUCCAGUGAUUGACCUGAAACGAGGCAGCUCUUCUGAUGAGAGGCAGAUUGUGGACACACCACCUCACGUAGCUGCUGGGUUAAAGGAUCCAGUACCUAGUGGUUUUUCUGCGGGAGAUGUGUUGAUUCCUUUGGCGGACGAGUAUGAUCCCAUGUUCCCAAAUGACUACGAAAAAGUGGUCAAACGUCAAAGAGAGGAACGGCAGAGGCAGCGUGAGCUGGAGAGGCAAAAGGAGAUUGAAGAAAGAGAAAAAAGACGUAAAGACAGACAUGAAGCCAGUGGGUUUUCAAGAAGACCAGAUCCAGAUUCUGAUGAAGAUGAAGAUUAUGAAAGGGAGAGACGAAAAAGAAGUAUGGGAGGAGCUGCCAUUGCGCCACCCACUUCUCUGGUGGAGAAGGACAAAGAACCUGUAGCAUCAUUUCCAUUCGAAGAGGAGUCAAGACCUCGGGCACCAUCCUCCAAAGCAGCUAUUCCUCCUCCAGUGUAUGACGAGCCAGAGAGACCUCGCUCCCCGACGGGACCCAGCAACUCUUUCCUUGCUAACAUGGGGGGGACAGUAGCUCAUAAAAUCAUGCAGAAGUAUGGUUUCAGAGAGGGCCAGGGGCUGGGAAAGCAUGAACAGGGGCUGAGCACAGCACUGUCCGUAGAGAAAACAAGCAAGAGGGGUGGCAAGAUCAUUGUUGGCGAUUCUACAGAGAAAGCAGAAACGGGCAAGAAAGCGGAUUCUAACCCCUUGACUGAGAUACUGAAAUGCCCAACUAAAGUGGUCUUACUAAGGAACAUGGUAGGUGCUGGGGAGGUGGAUGAAGAUCUAGAAGUUGAAACCAAGGAGGAAUGUGAGAAAUAUGGCAAGGUUGGGAAAUGUGUCAUCUUUGAGAUUCCUGGUGCCCCUGAUGAUGAAGCUGUGAGAAUAUUUUUAGAGUUUGAACGGGUUGAAUCUGCCAUCAAAGCUGUGGUGGAUCUAAAUGGAAGAUACUUUGGAGGCAGAGUCGUGAAGGCUUGUUUCUACAACCUGGACAAGUUCAGAGUACUGGAUCUGGCAGAGCAAGUUUGAUUUUUAAAAAUCUAGCUGAAGGUGUCACUGUUUUGGCAAUCAUAUUUUCAGCGGUAGGCUGGGAAUAAAGAAGAGAAAAGUAGCUUUCCUAGCAAACUGGAAACAAGCCUCAUUGAAUGGAUUUUUCACAUUCGUUGUGACUUAAAUUUUUUGUAAUAUAAAGCCCUUUGAAAGUAAGAUUCACGUCUGUGUGGUUUUGAAUUGCACAAUUCUGCUUCUUGCUCUGGGGAUCCUGUUCUUGAGCUUUCAGAUGACUUCGUCCUUUUGAAAACCCACUGCUGAAGAGAUGCUUUGUCUGUAUUCCUGCUUUCCUUGUUCU